UCUCUUCUUCUCUUACUCUCUCUCUCUUUGUUCCCUCUCACAUAUAAAAGGCAUCCAUUCCCCCCUCUAGGAUUGCCCAGCGUCCCUCGACCAAGACUUGCCCUCUCCAAUUGCGUAUCUCUACACCACCCGUCCCGUCUUACACACAAACCCACACCAUGUCCACCCGGAAGCGCACCCGUGACGAGGAGGACGAGGAAGAGCUCGUCUCCCUCCCCGAAGAGGAGGGUGACGUGGAAGAUGAAGAAGAGGAGGGAGACGCUGAAGAAGCUGCUGAGGGUGCAGAUGCUCCAGUGAACGGCGCCCAACCACCUCACAAGAAGCGCAAGACGGUUGAGGAAGAGGUUGCCAACGGCGAGGGCGCCGACGAGGAAGACGCAGAGGAGCAAGAGGAAGAAGAAGCGGCAGAGGACGAUGCUGAGGAAGAGGCCACUGAAGCUGCUGCUGAAGCUGCCGCCCCAGUCAAGGACGUCAAGGCCCCCGAGGUCGCUCAGGCCACAGACACACCAGAGCCCAAGGCAGUGACUGCUGGAGGCGACGAGUAAAAGAAACUUUUGAUGUUGUUUUCUUUAUAAGUCCUUGAAGCUGCACGCACUAGGCAGACAGAAUGGGAGUACCUUGUUGUACCAUGUUUGGCAAUAUCGGGGG